CUUUGUAUAUGUCACGUGACACGGAUCCGACUGUUGCACUUCACUCUCACCGAGUCUCGUUACUUGCCCAAAGAUUCCUGAAAAUGUCUGCUUUUAGAUGUCCCCCAGAAGUGGCUUUACGUUCAGCCAUAAGGUUAGCAUCCUCAUUCCAUCCUCGGCCUGCAUUUAACAGGGGUCAAGCCUUACUGAGCAGGCAGACAUCAGCCGUGGGCCAGCUGCAGAUGAAAGAUGCCAGUGGGGCUAGUAGCCAAGGUAGGCGAUGGUACAGGGCCGCACUAUGCACGGAACUGGGCAAGCCACUCACCGUAGGAACACUGCCCUCUGUUGAGAAAGUCGGCCCUGGGAAGGUCAAAAUAGCGGUCCAUAGUGUGGGGAUUAACUUUGGUGACCUGUUGAUGCUGGUAGGUCAGUACCAGGAGAAGCCGCCCCUUCCAUUCUCACCCGGGUCAGAGGGCGCUGGUGUCGUCAUGGAAGUUGGAGAAGGUGUGAAAUCGGUGAAAAAGGGUGAUCAUGUGGUAGCCUUGUCAUCAAGAGCUGGAGCAAUGGCUGAAGAGCUUAUCACAAAUGAAGGAGAAGUAUGGCCCAUACCCAACAGCCUAAGUUUCAACGAUGCGGCUGCAAUCCCAUGCAGCUUCGGCACAGCUUGGCUGGCUCUCACCCGGAAAGUCAAUCUUCAGCCGGGAGAAACUCUUUUAGUAACAGCUGCUGCAGGAGGUGUUGGUCUAGCUGCUGUGGAGUUGGCCACCAAUGCUCUUGAUGCUAAGGUUAUAGGAGCAGCAGGGGGUCCUGAAAAGUGCGACCUAGUGCGAUCCAAGGGAGCCGUAGAAUGCAUCGACUACACGACAGAGAACAUUAGGGAUAGGACCAAGGAGUUGACUGAUGGGAAUGGGGUCAAUGUAGCGCUGGACGCAGUUGGAGGUGAUGUCUGGAAACAGUGCUUGAAAAGUUUGGCAUGGGAGGGUCGAGCUGUCGUGAUUGGAUUUGCCAGCGGAGAGAUUCCAAAGAUCCCUGCCAACCAUCUUCUGUUGAAGAGUCUAACCACCACUGGGUUGUACUGGGGUCGCUAUGGUCUCAUGGACCAUCCUGUCUUCAAGAAGUCCGUCACUGAUUGCUUUGACCUUUACACCCAGGGAAAGAUCAAGCCCCAUGUCUGUCAAACAUUCUCACUAGAAAAGAUCAAUGAAGCUUUCAUGUACAUGAAGAACAGAAAGUCAACUGGCAAGAUCAUCGUCAAUGUACGAUAAGAAAUCCCCAAUGUGGAAUCAAUGAAUAGUACAUCUUUCAUGAGACUAUAACAUCUGAGAUUCAGAAGGGCGCUAACUCAUAGUGUUAAAGCAUAUAAAUUGACAUCCUUCUGGCAUUCAGUAUACAAAUUAGUGUGAAAUUAUGAAGGGAGCAAACAUUAAAUGAACUCAUAGCAUUAUCAGAGAAAGACAUAGCAGUUUGCCAUAUGUAAACCUGAUCUUUCUUCUAGAAAUUAUUAAAGGCAGGGAGAAGGAAAGUGAAAGAUUAUUCCAAAUAUUUUUGCUAUUAUCAAAAGGUAAAGUGAUAGAGAGCAUCUCAUCAGAAACUGAAAUGAUUUCCUGUUAUUGUUAGAAUAGAAUGUCAAACAGAAGUAUGUAAUUGGAGGAAUACUUGAGAAGUUUGUAGUGAUAGACAGAAACUGUAAUAUGUAAUUUUGAUGAAUCAGCAGACAGAUACUAUUAUAUGAAUUUUAAUGAUACAUACAAUAUUGUAUUCAAAUAUCAUGAAUAUAAUGAGAAUUAUAUAUUGUAAGUCUUCACCUCUUGCUAGUAAGCAAUCCUAUAUCCUUCAACUCUUUACUGCCAAGGGGAUGUCAUAAAGUUUGUAUAAAUCCUCUCUUAAGAAUUUAAUAAUCUUUCAUCUCUGCCAAAUGUGUAAAUUUGAGAGAAGUUUGACUGAAAAGAGGAUGAAUUAGCUGACCGUAAAAUAAUGCAUGUUUACCAAUCGGUCACUUUGGUAUGACACCCUGAAUGUUUUCAUUGAGCAACUUAAGCAGGUGAAGAGAUAAUAGAGGAGCUUUACACAGGGUUAUCUUCGUUAUUAGGUUUGUAUGAAAUGUAAUGAGGUGAUGAUAAAUCUUAAUGUGCAAUGCAAACUCAAUAUCACAGCAAAUUAAUGUAAUUGCAUUUUCAAUAUAUACUGAAAAUAUAUUUGUUUCAUAAUUGUUUCAUAAUUAAUGUGGACUGUAAAUUUACAUCAUGCUAAUGUUCUUUACUUUGCAUUAUUCUAAAAAAAAAUUGAUUUUGCUCCCAUCGAAGUCAGUGAAAUAUCUACCUCUUACUAUUACUUUCACACAAAUAUUUAGAAUUAUGAGAGUAAAAGAUGCUUGUAAUUAGAAUCUUGUGGUUUUUAUAUUUAGGGGAUGUCAUCAAGUAGGGGAAAAACAAGGAUUUUAAUAUUUUAAUAAUGUAUCAUGUUGUACAUGAUGACUACAUACUUUGUGCCUUGCCAAUUGAGAGUUAAUGCAUUCCAAAAUAAUAGUGAAUUGCAUGCGUUUAAUUCUUUUGCCACUCAUUAAAUGGACAUAGGUCAUAUAGGAAGGUA